AUGAACUUGUUCUACUCCAACGAUGGAGUUCAAAUUAGGCAAUUCAUUACAGCCCAGCAACUAGAAAAAACGAGCCACCUACACUUUUACUUUCAUGACAUUCUCAGUGGAAAAAACCGUAGUGCUGUUAGAAUCAUUGGGCCCCCAAACAGUACCAUUACCUCCUUCGGUAAUACCAUGAUGAUCGACGAUGCACUGACCGAAAAGCAAGAUCCCGCCUCCAAGAUUGUUGGACGAGCGCAAGGGUUUUACUCAGUAGCUUCACGAGGUGACUUCUUGCUACUUAUGAUCAUGAAUUUGGUUUUUGUCGAAGGCAAGUAUAAGGGGAGUAGCAUUAGCGUUCUUGGGCGGAAUCCGGUGAUGAACGAUGUGAGAGAGAUGCCGAUUGUCGGAGGCAGGGAGCUAUUUAGGUCCGCUCGUGGCUAUGUAUUAGCACAUACUGUUUGGUUUGCUCCGAAUACAGGAGAUGCCAUGGUUGAGUACAAUGUUUUUGUGUCUCAUAACUAGAAAACUUUGUCUUGGUAAGCCCAAGAGUCAAGAAAUAUUUUUCCUACGUUUUCGGAACACAAGCCGGUACAUUAUGUGUUAUAAUAUAAGUAGAAAGAUGAUAUAUUUUUCAAUGUUUCUUCUAUUUAUAUUAUGACACGUAAUGUACUAUUUGUCUUCACUAAAAAAAUUUAUUAUUAAAUUAAUGUUUUCGUGUUCGACAACUUUUUUUUUUCUUUUUUAUAGUCAUGUGUUGUUGUAAGGCCACUUGAUCAAUCUUUUUGCAAAAAGAAGUGGAUGGAUUUUUUUUUC